AUGGGAGAAGAAGCGCGAAUGGCUAGAAAGCGUGGGAGCUUCGAAGUUGGAAGACACACUCUGACUUGGCUCACUCCUCCCUCUGCUCUUUUCCUCUGCCGCAAAGAAGGACCUCAAUCUGCAAAUAAUUUUAUUGGAAGGAAAAAGUGUAAAAAGGGAAAAGAUGAGGGGCAUAAGAAUGCAAUUGGCCGGCAUUUACCAAAUCCAAAUAGGACAAAGUUUGGGAAUUGA